AUGGAGGAAAACAACAGCACCAUGUCAGAUAACGGUUUGAUUGACAACCACAGAGAACUGACAAAAUUGCUUUCUGGCCUGGAUGUUGAUAUUAAGUGUAGUACACCGUCAAUGAGAUAUAGUAAAGGAAACAUCAUUGAAGAGGAACUGGAGAAAUUAGUUGGAAAAUCUUUUGAUUUAGAUGACAUCAGUUUAACUGAAAUUAGCUCAUUUGAGAAAGCAGUAUCUUUUUUGAGGGCGUUAUGUGAAGAUAAAUGUUACAUUAAACAAAUAAUGUCAGAUUACAUUGAACUAGUAAAUGAAAAAGGCGAGAGAAAACAUAAAUUUGAUAUUACUGCUAAUGACAUGUGUGUGACCGAUACUGGUGAAGUUUAUUUCACUGAUUCUAGUAACAAUUCUAUCAGCUGUCUGUCAUCAUCAGGAUCUGUGUCUACAGUCAUCAGGACAGAUCCACUGGAUCCAUUAGGAAUCUGUCAGUCAGUGGAUGGUGGACUACUGGUCACUUUGAGAGACAAUGAUUCAGAUGAGUACAAAUUAGAGCCACAAAGCAGACGUCUGGUGAGACACAUCUCAGUGACAGGUGAUGUCAUCCAUGAGUAUGAGUACCAGGAGGACGGUCAGACCAGACUGUUUACAGAACCAUUUAGAAUCACACAGAACAGUUAUAGUACUAUCUGUGUUAUGAACAGUACGAGUCUCAAAAAAGGCCAUCUAGUGAUUUUCUCUCCUUCUGGUCGUUUGAAGUGUAUCUACAAAGGACAGAACCUGCCAAAGGACUUUUGGCCAGCUGAUGUAGUAUGUGACUCCCUCUGUAACAUCCUUGUUAUUGACAUGAACAAUAUACAGAUCAAUCUGCUGAGUCCUAGUGGUGAAUUUUUGAAGUUCUUACUGACAGACAAUGAAGUGUACCAUCCAACCAGAUUAACACUAUGCAAGUCUACAUUGUGGGUGGGAUAUAUAGAAGGACUUGUCAAAGUGUUUCAGUACUGA